AUGGCAGUAUCUACCUAUGAAGACGUCAUCCGGGUCCUGGAUGUUCACACCACACGAUCCAAUACGAAAGUGGCGACACAAUGUGGCAGGAGGACCCGCAGCUUCGCCCAGCUGGAUCGGCUGUCGGGACAUCUGGCGAACCAUCUCUUGAACGCGGACACCAAGGCACCUACCGACGUCGUCGUCUGCGUGUCGUGCCCGGAUGACGCCAUCGUAGCAGCCCUAGCCACUCUCCGACUCUCAGCGUGCUGCAUACCCGUGUCCCCAACCUGUUCUGUCCUGGGCGCGGUCAUGGACGAGGUGCCACCGUCUUGCGUAGUCGUGGACAGCAAGACGGAGAGUCGCUUCUCGGGCUUCGAGCCGGCUAGAACCAUCGACAUCGGCAGUCUACUAGCGUCUCUUUCAGCGUCCGAGUCCGAAGACGACAUCUGCGUCAUGACACCUGCACCUCCUCAAAGCUACAGUCUGCCGGGACCGCUAUUUCAGAUCCUCAGCGAAGAAGGAGAGCGAUGUUUGCUCAUGGCCGACCAGUGCCUCAGUCGAUACAGAUGGGAGUGGAAGGCCCACCCCGCUGCAAAAAACGACGUGGUGGCCGUAGUCAAUGACGUGGACUCUGCGCGCUUCUGGGAGGACGUCGUCGGGGUCUUGGCUGCGGGAGCUACCCUGGUCAUCCCCACGACUGCCCAGAAGCGGUCUCCCACGGCGCUGCUCAAGUUCUUGUCGCGUGAAGCCGUGACUAGGCUCGAACUCAGCCCACACUGCUUGUUGUCCCUGUUGAGGCGCGCCUGGCUCGAGCACCGACAUGCUCCGUUGUCCCAGCUGACCCUGGUAAAGUGUUCGCAAGGUCUGUUGACGUCGCCCCUGGUGCGCCUAUUCCGGAUCGUCCUUCCUCACGCUCGGCUCGUCUACGUGUACGAGCACGCGGGGUUGUGCUGCGCGUACCAAUGUCCCCCCAGUGACUGCGAACCCCAAUGCCACACGAUACUCGAGGGUGACCUGGUGGUGCUCGGAAAGCCCGUGGGUCUGUGCAAUGUCGUUGUUAGGGAUGAAUUUCUCCGGGACUGCGCGCAAGGAGAAACUGGGUCCAUCAACCUUUGCGGAAAGGCGGACCAUGUGCUCGUCAGUACGGGGGACUCGGGUUUCGUCAACGCGGAGGGAAACCUCGUGCUCACCGCCAUGACGACGCCGAGACUCGGUGGACGCAAGGUGGACUUGUCCGUACUCUCCAAGUGCAUCUCCGCCAUUCCUGGUGUGGACGGGACAGUGGUAUGCUGGGAGUGCCUUAGCCAGCCAAUAACGUCACUCAUUGCCUUCUACUGGAGUUCGACUACGGGGGACACAUCGGGAGACCUCCUGAGGCCCUUGACGGCAAAGCUUCCGCGGCGCUGGAUCCCGCGAAUCUUUCCGCUGGGGCCGCUUCCGGCCAAGCAACCAGAGCCGAGCGUCCUGCUGCGCGACUACGGCGAUGCCCUGAUGAAGCUGGAAGCCUGCGGAGAGCUGAACAAGCACCGGGCCGCCCACGUGUUUGUGGCCCUCGCCAGGAUGCUGCGGAAGCGAGUCUCUGAGCUGGUCCUGUCUCAAAGCUACGCGAACCAAGGCGCCAGCUCAGUCACGUGCCAUAGCGCGGCCUCGCUGAUUGGCCGCAUCGGCUACCAGGUGUCCGCGGACGACCUGCUGUCCAAGCCGCUGUCCCAAGUCGUCGAGCGUGCAGCUUGCAGCCUGGUCUUGCAAGGACCGCGUCAGAUGCGCUGCCCCCUCGUGGACGCGACCACGUCGUUUGAGAGCGUGGCCUCGGUUCUCGCCAAGUGCUUCGUGGCCAAGAACCGACUGGACCUAGCCGUCGGCAACACAGAGGACCAGCACAUGCGCGCCCUCAAGCACAUCUGGCCUCUAAUAGUUGAACAGGGAACAUCCAGAGUCAUUCUCGACGAGAGUGGUCACGUGGCAGCGGUGGCACUCGGCUUGGACCUCUGCUCUGAAAUGACGGCGUCGGAUGACUUGGCAGAAGGCUACAGGGCCAUCAUGGAGAUGCACCAGCAGCUCGAGGGCACCCUGCGGGAGGCCAUGCGAACGGGGGGCCACAGGAUGCUGCUCUGCUUCAUGGUGGGAACGUCCAUGGAGACGAGUCCCGCCGACAACGCGGCCCUUGUGCAGGUGCUCGUGGCCAACAUGCUGCACGAUGCGAGGGACCGAGGCUUCGCCGGAAUCUGCAGUCUUAACUCGCACGUAGUCACCGAUGUGAUUACUCAGCGGUGGCUCGACUUCCACGUCUUCGACGUAACCAGUCCCGCCGAGUUCGAGUACCGCGGACGACGACCGUUCGCCAACAUCGUCGAAGGCACAACCAUCAGCGUCGUCUACCGUUUCCUCCGUGCCUGA